CUCUGCCGGGGCCCCGCCCCUCCCCGCCUGCGCCUGAGGCGCCCUCUCGCCUCUCCCAGGUCUGGCGGUCCGGAGUCUCUAUGCUCAGCCGCCCGCCCCCUGGCGCCGCGCUGGCCCGCGCCCCCUCCGGCCCUUCCCCCAGUCGCCGUGGUGGGGCAGCGCCUGGCGGGCGGCCCGCAGGCGGGUCGCCUCCCCUCCUGUAGCCCACACCCCUCUUAAAGCGGCGGCGGGAAGAUGAGGUUUCGGGAGCCGCUCCUGGGCGGCAGCGCCGCGAUGCCCGGCGCGUCCCUGCAGCGGGCCUGCCGCCUGCUCGUGGCUGUCUGCGCGCUGCAUCUUGGCGUCACCCUCGUUUACUACCUGGCUGGCCGCGACCUGAGACGCCUGCCCCAGCUGGUCGGAGUCUCCACACCGCUGCAGGGCGGCUCAAACGGUGCCGCCGCCAUCGGGCAGCCCUCCGGGGAGCUUCGGGCCAGAGGGGUCCGGCCGCCGCCUCCUCUAGGCGCCUCCUCCCAACCGCGCCCGGGUGGCGACUCCAGCCCUGUCGCGGAUUCUGGCCCUGGCCCCGCGAACAACUUGACCUCGGUCCCAGUGCCCCGCACCACGGCGCUGGCGCUGCCGCUGCCCGCCUGCCCUGAGGAGUCCCCGCUGCUCGUGGGCCCCAUGCUGAUCGAGUUUAACAUGCCUGUGGACCUGGAGCUUGUGGCCAAGCAGAACCCAAAUGUGAAGAUGGGCGGCCGCUACACCCCCAAGGACUGCAUCUCUCCUCACAAGGUGGCCAUUAUCAUUCCAUUUCGCAACCGGCAGGAGCAUCUCAAGUACUGGCUGUAUUACUUGCACCCAGUCCUGCAGCGCCAGCAGCUAAACUAUGGCAUCUAUGUUAUCAACCAGAAAGAGAGGAAUGCUGACCUAACUGCUGCUGCCACUGCUGCUGCCACCACCGCUGCCACCACCUCCCUGGCCGGAGACACUAUGUUCAAUCGUGCUAAGCUGCUCAACGUUGGCUUUCGAGAAGCCUUGAAGGACUAUGACUAUACCUGCUUUGUGUUUAGCGACGUGGACCUCAUUCCAAUGGAUGACCAUAAUGCCUACAGGUGUUUUUCACAGCCACGACACAUUUCCGUUGCAAUGGAUAAAUUUGGAUUCAGCCUACCUUAUGUUCAGUAUUUUGGAGGUGUCUCUGCUCUAAGUAAACAACAGUUUCUCACCAUCAAUGGAUUUCCUAAUAAUUACUGGGGCUGGGGAGGAGAAGAUGAUGACAUUUUUAACAGGUUAGUUUUUAAAGGGAUGUCCAUAUCUCGUCCAAAUGCUGUGGUCGGGAGGUGUCGCAUGAUCCGCCACUCAAGAGACAAGAAAAAUGAACCCAAUCCUCAGAGGUUUGACCGAAUUGCACACACAAAGGAGACAAUGCUCUCUGAUGGUUUGAACUCACUCACUUACCAGGUGUUGGAUGUACAGAGAUACCCAUUGUAUACCCAAAUCACAGUGGACAUUGGGACACCAAGCUAGCGUUUUGGUACGCUAAUAAGAGACCUGAAAAUAGCCAGGGACCUCUGCUGUGUGUCUCUGCCAAUCUGCUGGGCUGGUCCCUCUCAUUUUUACCAGUCUGAGUGACAGGUCCCCUUCGCUCAUCAUUCAGAUGCCUUUCCAGAUGACCAGGACGAGUGGGACAUUUUGCCCCCAACUUGGCUCAGCAUGUGACUUCUUAGCUCUGGAAGGUGCUUGUGCCUCUGGGGUUUCUUGAGUGCAGUGUCACCCAGAAUCAGAACUGUAUGCAUCCCAAAAUUUGGUGGCCGUGGAGCACAUUCCUGGUGAUAGAACUGCUAAAUUGUUGGGAAAUAGGUCAGACUUUUUCUUUAAGUUAUGGUGUUCUUAUUACUUCAUGAAAAAUUGGAGAAUGCUGCUAAAAUUGGAUUGGUAUGAUCUUUUUUAGUAGUUGCAGUUUAACAGAAAAACACAAAAUUUCAACCAUUUUCUUAUGUUGUGUCCUCCCUCCACCCCCUUCUUUCCAUGGCAUGCAACUAUUAUAAUCACUGUGCAUAUGUCUUUUCUUAGCAAGAGGAUUUUAAAAAUUGAGCCUUGGACCUUUUGUCCUGCUAAUGUGUGGAUGCCAAGGCAAAAGCAUCAGAGCAAAAGCCUUGGGUGUUCUCACAUUCAGUUGCCUGUCUCCAGAUUGUCUGAUUUCUGAAUGUAAAGUUUUUUAAAUAGCAGUUUGUAGUAUUUUAAAGAAAGAACAGAUCGAGUUCUAAUUAUGAUCUAGCUUGAUUUUGUGUUGAUCCAAAUUUGCAUAGCUGUUUAAUGUUAAGUCAUGACAAUUUAUUUUUCUUGACAUGCUAUGUAAACUUGAAUUUCCUAUGUAUUUUUAUUGCGGUGUUUUAAAUAUGGGGAGGGGAUUGAGCAUUUUUUAGGGGAAAAAAAUGUAUGCUGUAGUGGCCACAAGUAGGCCUAUGAUUAGCUGGCAGGCCAGGUUUUCUCAAGAGCAAAAUCACCUUCUGACCCCUUGGCAGGCAAGGCCUCCUGGUCAGCAUUAUCCUGCCAGACCUUGGGACAGACACCUGGGGGACAGAAGCCUCUGCCCCUACUGUGCAGAACUCCCCACUUCCCCACCCCUCCCCAGGUGGGCAGGGCAGAGGGAGCCUCAACCUCCUUAGACUGACCCCUCAGGGCCCUAGGCUGGGGACUUGUAAAUAACAGCAGUCAGGUUGUUUACCAGCCCUUUGCACCUGCCCAGGCGGAAGGAGCCUCUGUGCUGGUGGGGGCUACCUCCCUCAGAGUCUCUGCUAGCCACAUUCCCUGGCCUACCCUAUGUUACCAGUUCUCUUUCUUCUUCUUUCCUCUUUUCCCCUGCCUUUCUUCUUCCUUCCUUCCUUCCUUCCUUCCUCCCUUCCUUCCUUCCUCCCUCCCUCCCUCCCUCCUUCCCUCCCUUUUUGUUCCUUUGCGUCUUUUGUUCCUUUGCCUCUUGCCUGUCCCCUAAAACUUGACUAUGGCACUCAGGGUCAAACAGACUAUCCAUUCCCCAGCGUGAAUGUGCCUUUUAAUUAGUGAUCUGAUCUAGAAAGAAGUUCAGCUGAACCCACAUCCCAGUGCCCUCCCACGAACUCUGGUGCCUAACCUCCUAUUCCACCUCAGGUUUUCAGCAGGUGCUCCCACCCCAGUUAAGGCUCCCACCCACAGGAGUGCGUCACAAACCCACCUCUGCUGGGAGCUGUUGAGCUGCCUGGGAUGAGAUGGCGCAAGGCACUUCCUACCACUGAGCGCCUCUGCCAGGUCCAGCCUGGGCUCAGGUCCCAAGACUCAGCUGCCUAAUCCCAGGGUUGAGCCUUGUGCUCCUGGCAGACCCCAAACCACUGCCCUCCUGGGUACCAGCCUUUAGUGUGGAGGCUGAGCUGGUACCCAGUCCAAUCUUAUCUGUGCCUUUACUGCUUUAAGCAUCUCAGAUACUAACUUGGUUCUUUUUCCAGAAGCUUUUGUAUUGGUUAAAAAUUAUUUUCCGUUGCGGAGCAGCUGGACUAUGCAAAAAGUAUUCCUCUGUCAGUUCCCCGCUCUAUACCAAGGAUAUUAUUAAAACUAGAAAUGAUUGCAUUGAGAGGGAGUUUUGGGAAAUAGAAACAAUGAAAGCCUCUCUUUCUGUCAGCAGAUCCUGACUUUUCCAAAGUGCCUUAAAAGAAAGGAAAUAAAUGCCCUGAGUGGUAACUUCUCUGUUCUCUGUUACUUAAUUGUGAAAACCAAACUACUUUUUCUUCUUUUUUGGCGCGGGGGGCGGGGAGAGGGGAGGCGGGGAGGGUACCUUUUCAUUCAUGUCAAGUAUGUGAUUCAUUCUCAGAACCAAGGGAAAUACUGCUCCCCCCACUUGCUGAACUACUCCUCUCAUGGAAGGCACAGCGAAGACACAGUUAGGCCUGGACAUUUGCCUGGUCCAUGAGAUGCCGUGGGUCCUGUUUCCUUACUGGGGAUUCCAGGGCUGGGGGUUCAGGAAGCAUUUCCUUCUCCUGGGAGUUAUGACCCUGAAGUUGUCAUGUGCCAUGCCCUUCUCUGUUUCUGUGUAUCCUAUUGCUGGUGACCCUGUGUGAACUGGCCUUUGGGAAAGAUUGGAGAGGGCAGAGGUAGCACAGGAGGGUAAAGGAGAUGCUGUGCUGGCCCUCAGCCCAGACAGGGUCUCUGCCAACUGCCAGGCUGGGGGCAGGGGGCUCUGCAUAGCCAGGAUGACGGCUUUCAUGUCCCAGAAACCUAUUGUGCUGUGUAUUUUAAUUUCCUGUGUAUGCAGAUGUGUGUAUUUACCAUUGUAUGGGGGCUGUGUCUGACCUUGGUUUUCAAAACAGACAGAACUGUGUUUUUGCCUUUAAAAUUCAAUAAUAUAACAUGAAUAAAUGACCCUAUCUUUGUAA